CUGCAAUCUUUCAACAAGUCAGUCAUGAGAAUCCUUGUCGUACUAGCUGUAGCAGUGCUCUCCGGCUGCCAUGCCAACAUCUUCUAUGCUGAUGCACCCAAACCACAGCUGGAAGUGGUGACUGACGCUUUCUGGGACUACAUUGCCAAGGCCACACAGACAGCUGAUGACACCCUCCAGAUGAUCAGGAAAUCACCAGUUGGGCAGGAAAUCAAUACCCGUCUGACAGAAAGCGCUGACAUAGCCAGCAGGUAUGCGGUCUCCCUGCAGGAGCAGCUUCCCCCUGCAGCCCACGACCUGAUGAGCAAGAUUAGCAGUGAAGCUGAUGUGCUGAAGAACGUACUUACCCAGGAGCUGAGCUCCGUCAGGGACAAUCUGGAGCCCUACACCGAGAACAUGAAGGCCCAGAUCCAGCAGAGAGUGGAGCAGCUCAAACAGGAGCUGGCCCCCUACGCCGAAUCCCUGGACUCUGAGGCCCUGAGAGGCGUUCUGCUGCAGAGGAGCGAGGAGCUGAAGACCAGCCUGGAGCAGAGCGUGAAGGACCUCCAGGCUCAGCUGGGACCCUACACCGAUGACCUGAAGCAGAAGGUGGACCAGCACCUGCAGGAAUUCCAAAAGAGUGUGGCGCCAAUGACUGAGAAGGUCCAAGUGGAACUCAGUCAGAGAGCCAAUGUGGUGAAGCAGAUGGUGGCGCCCUAUGCCGAGGACUUGAGAGGAAAGCUGGACCCCUACGCUCAGGACCUCCAGGCCCAGCUCACUUCCCUCUACCAGUCGUUUGUCGAGUCCAACUAAAGCAGUCUAGACCCCAGGAGACAUAAUUUAUACAAGAACCCAACCAUGAUAGUGUAUUC